AUGCACCUAACGCGGCUAACCACCCACACCACGCAGCUAACCACCCACACCACGCGGCUAACCACCCGCACCAUGCAGCUAACCAUCCGCACCACGCAGCUAAGCAUGUUCACCCCGCUGACACCCGCCGACAUCCACCAGGUUGAGGCCCCCUUGAAUCACUCAGCGUGGUGGCUUACCCUCCAGCCACAGCACACGUUCCAGCAGGUACUAAAAAGCCUCAACCUUCAGCAUAUAUUCUCUGGCCACCAAAGAAUUAAAUCCUCCAAGCGUUUGCACAUGAAGGAGUACAGCAUUAACAUCCGGAGCGUGAUGCAGAGGUACCUGCAGGAGAGGAAUGAGAUAACCUUUGACAAGAUUUUCCAUCAGAAGAUCGGUUUCUUGCUAUUUAAAGAUUUUUGUUUGAGUGGAAUUAAUGAAGCUGCCCUUCAGGUGAAGUUUUAUGAAGAGAUCAAAGAGUACGAAAAGCUCCACAACGAGGAAGAGCGCCUGUGCAGAAGCCGGCAGAUCUACGACGCGUUCAUCAUGAAGGAGCUCCUGUCUUCCUCCCACCAAUUCUCAAAGGAAGCAGUAGAACAUGUCCAAACCCAUCUGUCCAGGAGAGAAGCAUCAGAAACCCUUUUCCAGCCAUACAUAGAAGAAAUCCGCGAGAGUCUUCGAGGCAACAUUUUUCAAAAGUUCAUGGAAAGUGACAAAUUCACUAGAUUUUGUCAGUGGAAAAACAUAGAAUUAAAUAUUCAUCUGACGAUGAACGACUUCAGUGUCCACAGGAUCAUUGGGCGAGGCGGAUUUGGGGAAGUGUAUGGCUGCCGGAAAGCAGACACCGGAAAGAUGUAUGCAAUGAAAUGCUUGGAUAAGAAGAGACUCAAGAUGAAGCAGGGAGAGACGCUGGCCUUGAACGAAAGGAUCAUGCUGUCCCUGGUCAGCACUGGGGACUGUCCAUUCAUCGUUUGUAUGACCUAUGCCUUCCACACUCCGGACAAACUCUGCUUCAUCCUGGACCUGAUGAACGGGGGGGACCUGCACUACCACCUGUCCCAGCACGGGGUGUUCUCCGAGAAGGAGAUGCGCUUUUACGCCAUGGAGAUCAUCCUGGGGCUGGAGCACAUGCACAGCUGCUUCGUCGUCUACAGAGACCUGAAGCCUGCCAACAUCCUCCUGGACGAGCACGGGCACGUGAGGAUCUCCGACCUCGGCCUGGCCUGUGACUUCUCCAAGAAGAAGCCGCACGCAAGCGUGGGCACCCACGGGUACAUGGCCCCCGAGGUGUUGCAGAGGGGCACGUCCUACGACAGCAGCGCCGACUGGUUCUCCCUGGGCUGCAUGCUCUUCAAACUCGUGCGAGGACACAGCCCCUUCAGACAGCAUAAAACCAAAGAUAAGCAUGAGAUCGACAGGAUGACACUGACUGUGAACGUGGAGCUCCCCGACGACUUCUCCCCAGAGCUCAAGUCCCUGUUGGGGGGCCUUCUGCAGCGGGACGUGAGCCAGAGGCUGGGCUGCCAAGGCCGCGGGGCCCAGGAGCUCAAGGAACAUGGCUUCUUCACUGGCAUCGAGUGGCAGCUGGCCUACCUGCAGAAGUACCCACCACCCCUUAUCCCUCCCCGGGGGGAGGUCAACGCUGCGGACGCCUUUGACAUCGGCUCCUUUGACGAAGAGGACACCAAAGGCAUUAAGUUGCUGGACUGUGACCAAGACCUGUACAGGAACUUCCCGCUGGUGAUCUCGGAGCGCUGGCAGCGGGAGGUGGUGGAGACGGUGUACGACGCGGUGAACGCCGAGACAGAUAAGAUCGAGGCCCGGAAGAGAGCCAGGAGCAAGCCUCUGGGACAGGAAGAAGGUUACGCGCUGGGGAAGGACUGCAUCAUGCACGGGUUCAUGCUGAAGCUGAGCACCCCGUUCCUCACGCAGUGGCAGCGGCGCUACUUCUACCUCUUCCCCAACAGGCUGGAGUGGCGAGGGGACACCGAGUCCCGGCAAAGUUUACUGACCAUGGAGCAGAUUCUGUCGGUGGAAGAAACUCAGAUCAAAGACAAAAAGUGCAUAUUGUUCAGAAUAAAAGGAGGGAAGCAGUUUGUCUUGCAGUGUGAGAGCGAGCCCGAGUUUGCGCAGUGGAAGAAGGAGCUGACCCAGGCCUUCAUGGAGGCCCAGCGGCUCCUGCGCAGCGCCCCCAAGUUCCUCAGCCGCCCCCAGGCCGGCAUGCUGGACCUGUCCAAGCCACCGCUGUGUCACAGGAGCAGCAACGGCUUCUGACCCCGGGAGCCUCGGGGGCUGCCGCCCCGCAGCAGAGCCUCAGGGGCUGUGAGAGGCCAGCCUGGCUGGGCUCCUAGACAUCGGGAGGCCCAGGUCACGGUGCCCUCAGAGGGCCGGACCGCCCCAGGGCGGGUCAGUCCUGGGCCUGCCUGAUGGCCGCGAUUGCACUGAACACUCCUGCCCAGCCGAGGUUCUUUUCCUUUGCUACACACUGGCGUUGGAAGCCACAGACCCGGGACUUGAGAUGACUCCUGCCGAUCGCGUCAGCUUUCCCACCUGACAUGAAACACGUCUCUGGCCCUCCGGGAGGAGAGGCGCAGACCUCCGUGCGGGACGGUGGAUUGCCCUCAGCCAGCGUGGCUGCGUGUGACCCGCAGUCGGCUGCGGCUGGCUCCGGGCCGCUGCUGGGCUGCGGU